AUGGUCCCUAGUGAAACGCACCAGUACACAGGGAUGGUUAAGUUACUUCAUCACUUCCAGUGGAAGUGGGUUGGAAUCAUGGCCAUGGGUGACGAUAAGGGAGAAAAAUUUGUGCAGACUUUGGAAGAUCUGUUUUCUCAGAAUGAUAUUUGCAUUGCCUUCACCAGAAGAAUGCCAAUACAGAGCAACAUUUUAGAUGUUGUGAACUUCUACGAUUUCUUUACGAACAUUACAACAACGCUAAUAGAAUCCACUACUAAUGUGUGUCUUGUUAGUGCUGAUGCUCAUAUGAUGUUAGAUUUGCAGGUGGCUCUCAAUCUGCACGCAUCCAGUUCUAUGGUUCCAUUGAACAAAGUGUGGGUUAUGACAGCCCACUGGGAUUUUUCCAUGGAACCAUUUGUCCAAUAUUUGGAUACACAGGUUUUCCAUGGUGCUUUGUCCUUUGCCAUUCAUUCCACUGAGGUACGACAAUUCCAAAAUUUCCUCCACAUCCAGAAUCCUCAUUCCGAGAGUGAUGGCUUUAUUAGAAUCUUCUGGGAACAAGCCUUCAGCUGCUUGUUUCCAAAUACUGAGCAAGGCACUGAGAACACGAAAAUAUGCACUGGUGAAGAGAAGCUAGAAAGCCUUCCUGGACCUAUAUUUGAAAGGAGCAUGACCAGUCAAAGCUACAGCAUCUACAAUGCCAUCUAUGUUGUAGCACAUGCCUUCCAUGCCAUGUAUUCAUCAAGAACUAAACCUGUGGCAAUAGUGGGCGGAAACCAUCUGGAGACUUCGAAGCCACAAUAUUUUCAGCUUCACCGAUUUCUGUCCGGCGUCUCAUUUAACAACAGCGCUGGGGAUGAAAUCUCCUUUGAUCAGAAGGGUGAACUGAGAGCAGGGUUUGAUAUUGUUAACUGGGUUACCUUCCCCAACAAUUCUUUUCUAAAAGUUAAAGUGGGGAGAAUGGACCCACAAGCCUCACUGGACAGACAGUUCUUCGUUGACGAGAACAUCAUUACAUGGCAAACACAGUUUAAUGAGGCUGUGCCCCUUUCCUUGUGUAAUGAGCCUUGUAUUCCAGGAUACAGCAGGCAAAAGAAGGAAGGGAAGCCAUUUUGUUGCUACGCUUGCGCUCGAUGUCCAGAAGGGAAGAUUUCAAAUGAGCAGGACAUGAAUGACUGCACCAAAUGUCCAGAAUAUCAGUAUCCAAACAAGGAGAGAAAUGAGUGUCUACCAAAGGAUCUAAACUUCCUGUCUUAUAAGGAACCUUUGGGCAUCAGUUUGAUGAUUCUGGCCCUCUCACUUUCUGUGGUCACGACCUUUGUGUUUGGAAUUUUCAUUAAGCACCGGAACACCCCCAUCGUCAAAGCCAACAACCGGGACCUCAGUUACUCUCUGCUCACUUCCCUCCUACUCUGUUUUCUCUGUUCCUUGUUAUUCAUCGGCCAGCCCCAUUUAAUCACCUGCCUACUACGACAGACAGGUUUUGGUAUCAUCUUCUCGGUAGCUGUUUCUUCUGUCUUGGCCAAAACCCUCACAGUGGUUCUGGCUUUCAUGGUCACUAAGCCAGACUCCAAAAUUAGGAAAUGGGUGGGGAAAAGGUUUGCGAGCACUGUUGUUCUCUGCUGUUCAUUUAUCCAAGCUGCCAUUUGCACGGUGUGGCUAUGUGUCAGUCCUCCAUUCCCAGAGUGGAACAUGAACUUGUUGCCGGAAGAAAUUGUAGUGGAAUGCAAUGAAGGAUCUGCCAACAUGUUCUAUUUCCUUCUUGUUUACCUGGGAUUCCUGGCUCUUGUCAGCUUCCUUGUGGCUUUCCUUGCACGGAAGCUUCCAGAUACCUUUAAUGAAGCCAAAUUUAUCACUUUCAGCAUGUUGGUGUUUUGUAGUGUUUGGGUGUCCUUUGUUCCCACAUAUUUGAGCACCAAAGGGAAAUAUAUGGCGGCUGUGGAGAUCUUCUCCAUCCUGGCUUCUAGUACUGGAAUACUGGGGUGUAUCUUUUUCCCUAAAUGUUACAUAAUCAUUUUGAGACCCAAAUUGAAUAGUAAGGAGCAGCUAAAAAGAAAAUAA